GGCUUUCAUGGAAGAGUCACUGCUUCACUGAGAAUACUAAAUGGGUGUGAAGAAGCUGUCAUAGCCUAUUGAUCUCUUAGUGGAUAAGGGAAUGCAACUCAAUAAAAAGAUCAGGAACACCUGUAACAUCCUCCCACGAUAUACUUCAGUUGAAUAGGAUGAUCAGAUAGGGUGACCCUCUGAAGGUGAAAGUCAACAGACUGGCUUCUACUAGAACUCAACUUCCUUAUUCAUAUUAUUCCCUUCCUUACUGUAAGCCAGAUCGCAUUGUGGACAGUGCAGAAAAUCUUGGCGAGGUUCUUCGGGGUGACCAUAUUGAAAACUCUGUUUAUGAGGUACACUACUUUUUUAAUGAUGAUUGAAAUCCGUGAUGUCCCUAAAUUGUUAAAAUUUGGUCUAACAAUUGCGUUUUUCUUGUAGGUGUUUAUACAGUGUUAGCUAAAAAAAUCAUUAAUUUGAUAUUAUAAGCUCAAUAAAAUUGGCAUUCGUUGGAAAGAUAUUUAAAAUAUGAAUUCAGCGCUAUAUCAGGUUUAAAAUUCUCUAAUUUUGACUAAAACUUUAUUCAUCAUUUCUACGAUUAAAAAUAAACACUUUAU